UACUGGAGUGGUAGAAAUAGAGCGAAUAAUUCAUUAAAUUAAGGCAAUUUCCGUGAACGAUGGUGUUCAAGUGUGUUUUGUACGGGUGCAGUAAGGGUCCAGAGAAGAAUAUAAGAUCUCUGCAUGAAUUUCCAAGCGGUACGGCGACGAGAAGAGCGUGGAAAAGGUUUGUGAACCGGACAAGGGAUCGAUGGAAGGGCCCAUCCAAAUCGUCUCGAAUUUGUAGUGAGCAUUUUGAGAGAGGUUGCUUCACUAACUUUAUGGCUUGGAGUACUGGAUAUGUCUCCAAGUUGGAGAUGAAGCCAAAUCAAUGCCCUACAAUAUACCCAGAGGGAACCUGCUCUACUUUGGCAUCACCGGCCACCACAUCCAGGAACAUGAACAAUGCUCCCCCUGAUCAUGCUGAUCUGAUGAUGAUGUCGCCUUGGGGUAGGGCUACCGGUAGGUCUGCUAGGCCUAUGCCAACGAUGAUGCCUAUGGCGGGGCCUGGCCCUGGGCAUGCUGGGAUGCUGUCACCACUGCCACCAAUGACUAUGAUGAGCCCAUCUACUCCAAGACCAAGCAGUAGGCCUACUACAACUCCAGAACCACUGCCAACCUUGUCCUUGCCAACUGCAGUGACACCAACAGUCUUCACUACGCCUUCGCCCAUGAUGACAGGAUGCAAAAGGACGGCUUCUGCUACACCAACCCCUAAUACUAAUAGUACUAAUCAGCCAAAGAAAGCUCGCCCAGCUGUCAGAAAAUUGGAGCUGAUGAGGAUUGUUUCAUCAUAUGAAGAGGCAGAAGCUGAAACUACAGAACCAGCACCCUUGCCAGACAUGACAGAAGAAGACUUACCAGCUGACCCGUACUUGGAACCUGGGAUGGUAAAUGCAUCAACACAAUGUGAUCAGAUCAAGAGCAAAACGAGAACUGUGCGAUGCCAGGCCAACUUCAUGCCGAGUGUCAGAAGACCUCCCCACAGGAGUAAAGGAUGUCAAAUUGAGCCAGCCAAAGCUGAAGUUGGUGUGAAUUGCACUCUGCUGCGAAAUACUGCCACUGCCACAACAGAUCAUGACACAGACAUGGAACCAGACAGUGAAGAUGAUGACACCCUAGAUGAUGACGCUAUGGAUGUCAGCAUGUACGAGCCAGGCAAGGAUGAGGAAAUGCUUGAAAAUGACAACUUCAAUUUCACCUCGGGUUCUCAUGUGGCGGAAGAGAAGUUUAUAGUGUUCAAAAGCUGCCUUUGGGAACUUUUUGCAUCCUGCCCAAAUUGCAGCAAGCCCUGUCGUGUGGAGGAGAGGUACCGGAAAGGGACCAAGGUUGCAAUAACACAGCACUGCCCAGACUGUGCCUACGAUCGGGAAUGGUCAUCCCAGCCAUCUUACCGUGGUAACAUACCUGCUGGAAACCUCCAACUGAGUGGAGCAAUUCUCUUCACUGGUGUGUCUCCGACCAAGACACUGAGGGUGCUGAAGGCGAUGAACGUUGUUGGUACAUCGACAUCAACGUACCAUAACCACAUGACACGGUUCCUGGUUCCAACAGUUCUAACGACAUGGGAAGAGGAACAACUGAAACUGUUUGCUCUUUUGAAAUCUAUGGAAGAUGGGCUGACACUUGGUGGUGAUGGACGAUCGGACUCACCUGGGCAUUGUGCCAAGUAUGGAUCCUACACCAUACUUGAGGAGAGGAUCAACAAGAUUAUUCACCAAGAGUUGGUUCAGAGUAAUGAGCCUGGUAUAAAGAACAGUGGUGCCAUGGAGAAGGAAGGCUUGAUACGGUCUUUUGCAAAGCUCAAAGAUGAAGCGGAAUUGGCGAUAGAGUAC